AUGGGGGAGGAGGAGAAGAAGCCGGAGGAGGGAAAGAAGGAGGCGGCGGCGGCGAAGGGGGAGAAGAAAGCGGCGCCAGAGGAGGCGAAGAUGGAGGAGGAAAAGCAGAAGAAGGAGGAAGGGAAGGAAAAGAAGGACGGCGAAGGGGUGAAGAAGGAAGGGGAGGAGGCGCCGCCGCCUCCGCCGCCGGUGGAAGUGGUGAUGAAGGUCCACAUGCACUGCGAGGGCUGCGCGAGGAAGGUGCGAAGGUCCCUCAGUGGCUUCGAAGGGGUGGAGGCGGUGACGGUGGAUUACCGGAUUCACAGGGUAGUGGUGAAGGGACAGAAGGCUGCGGAGGACCCGAUGAAGGUGGUGGAGAGAGUCCAGAGGAAGAGCCAUAGGAGGGUGGAGCUCAUCAGUCCCAUUCCACCACCGAAGCCAGAGAAGGAAGAAGAGAAGGAGGAGAAACCAAAGGUUGAGGAGAAGAAAGAAGAGCCCCAGGUGAUCGUGGUACAGCUUAAGGUCCACAUGCAUUGCGAGGCCUGCGCCAAAGAGACCAAAAAAAGGAUUCUAAGGAUGAAAGGGGUGCAGGCAGUGGAGCCGGACCUGAAGAGCUCGACAGUGACGGUGACGGGCGUGUUCGACACGGCGCGAUUGGCGGCGUACAUCCACAAGCGGACGAGGAAGCACGCCGUAGUGUUAAAGCAGGAGCCGGCGGAGAGGAAGCCCGAGGCGGCGCCGGUGAAGGCCGACAGCGCGGCGGAGGCCAAGGACGAGAAGAAGGCCGACGCCGGCGAGAAAAGGGAUCAGGAGGAGGACGGCGAUGGCGAGAAGAAAGAGGACAAGAAGAAGGCCGCUGAAGGAGACGGCGAAGAGGUCAAGAAGGAGGCUGGAGGCGGAGACGGCGAGGAGAAGGAUACCGGAAAAAAGAAGGACAGCGGCGCGGUGACGGAGGCUGCCGUUGUCGCCGUCGUCGCCACCGCCGCCGUGGACGGCGGCGCGGGUAAAAUGAGGAGGAACGAAUUCUACUAUUACUAUCCGAGAUACCCUGUGGAGUAUGCGUAUCCACCGCAGAUCUUCAGUGAUGAGAAUCCCAAUGCAUGCAUUGUCAUGUGAAGAAAUAGUGCUUAAGGACGGUAUCUUUGGGAUAUCUUGUAGCGUCCCCUCAAACCAAUCAAUAUUUGGGAGGAGGUGACCCUGUUUUUAUUUUGUUAAUGUCAUGGAGGUGCCGAUAAACAUCACUAUCUUUUUUCCUCCCGAGUUUCAGAUACUCAGAAAUAAAAAUUCUACCUCUAUUUUUUAAUUUA